GCGCACUUCUCCGUUCCGCUGUCAGUCCGAGUGUAAUGAUGGCGUCCUCUGCAGCUUGCUGUUCUGCACGCUGGAUCUCCAUAGCUGUCUCGACCGGGCAGCGCCGGGCUUGUUGCCAGCUUGCCUCCGCAACGAGAAUACCUCGCUCCGUCCACAGCCAGGGCUCACCCGCGGGUGCGCUGCAGUACCGGUGCGGGGCGACAGGAGUCGGGACUGGCUUGACAUUGAGAGGGCUGACAGGACUGGGUGCCCCCAGUGCAAUCUGUGCUGCUUCCUUCCACACCAGUGCCUCUCAUCCCAACAAGCAGGACUUCUACCAAGUGCUGGGGGUGCCGCGCUCCUCCACUCAGAAAGAGAUCAAGAAGGCUUAUUACCAGCUUGCUAAGAAGUACCAUCCAGACACAAAUAAGGAUGACCCUCAGGCCAAAGAGAAGUUUGCCCAGCUGGCUGAAGCAUACGAGGUGCUGAGUGACGAGGUGAAGAGAAAGCAGUAUGACACCUACGGGUCCGCUGGGUUUGACCCAGGCCGGGCCGGUGCCGGCAGCCAGCAGUACUGGCGCGGGGGGGCCAGCGUCGACCCAGAGGAGCUCUUCCGCAAGAUCUUCGGGGAGUUCUCUGGCUCGCAAUUCGGGAAUAUGAACUCCAUGUUCGACCAGCCACAGGAGUACAUCAUGGAGCUGACUUUCACCCAGGCGGCCAAGGGGGUAAAUAAAGAGAUUGCGGUGAACAUUGAAGAUUCCUGCCAGCGCUGCGACGGCAAGGGGCAUGAGCCGGGUACCAAGGUGCAGCACUGCCACUACUGCAGCGGCACGGGCAUGGAAACGAUAAACACCGGCCCCUUCGUGAUGCGCUCCACCUGUCGACGUUGCGGUGGGCGUGGCUCGGUCAUGGUCACACCCUGCAUAUCGUGCCGUGGGUCGGGCCAGACCAAACAGAGGCGGACAGUGGUAGUGCCGGUCCCUGCAGGGGUGGAGGAUGGGCAGACGGUCAGGAUGCCUGUGGGGAAGAAGGAGAUCUUUAUCUCGUUUCGGGUUCAGAGGAGCCCGGUGUUCAGGAGAGAAGGGGCGGACAUUCACUCGGACCUCUUCAUCUCCAUAGCGCAGGCGAUCCUGGGGGGUACGGCCCGGACACAGGGCCUGUACGAGACUGUCAACAUCAUGGUGGGUACCUGCGGCACCACACACACCUCCUGAUAGGGCAUUCCAUGA